AUGACACAUGUUUCCUAUAAUAUCUCAAAUGUUCUCUCAGCAUAUAUGAUGCACUGUAGCGAACAUGACAAAACAUAUAUAUGGCUACAGUCACGAAUCGACGAUUUAAUCUCUGAUUAUAAAAACAGACUAGCCGUCCAAAUUUCACCUACACGGGCAAAACGCGAUCUAUUCUCAGACGUGACAGGUUUAUUUGGCACAGGUAACUCCAUUGCCAAUACAUAUAAAUUAACCAAACAAUCCCAAUACACAGCAUGGUUGACUAAUCAAAUAGCCACCGGCUUCCAUCAUCUGACUGAGGGUGAUGAAAACAUCAUUAAAGCGGUUAAAUCAGAUGCCCAAGCACUGCUUACACUUGGCCACGUGAUAUUUAAUCAGACCCAAAUCGUCGAACAUGACUUAGCCUGCAGAACAUAUGCACAAGACCUUUUCACUGCUGCACGGCAGGAGAUCCUCGACCUCCGCCUACGCAAAAUCCCCAGACAUGUACUUCUAGAUUUGAUCGACAUGUUAGAUUUGCAUAGGUGGUUUGCAUCAAGCCAGAUGAAAACCAUCCACUAUGCAGAACUCCUAACAACUAUAAUGCUAUACAAUGGUGAUGAAUGCACUGGUUGUAUAGGAUUCUAUGCAACCUUUCCCUUUAUACAUCCCGAUCAAGUAUUUUUGAAUUCAACAACCAUACGCUCCCUAGGAGUGGUGAUAAAAGAUCAGAUCAUUAAGUGGGAUCAUCUUACUGGCUAUAUUACUAUAAAAGGUACGACAUCCCUCUUUACUACUCGCAACUGUUGCCAUGAAACAUCCAGUUAUAUCAUAUGUACUUGCAAUACCUUACAACCUCUGUCAUACAAUAACACAAAAUUGCUCAAUGUACGAUCAUUGCAUGGGUAUGCAGAUGCUGUACAGGUGUCACACACACAGUGGUGUGUCGUCAGUGAAAUGAACUCCUUCUCCUACGGAGGGUUGACCUGCCCAGCCAACCACACGUUCUGCCUCGAGGUGACUGAAGACUUCACCAUGGGACAGAUAAACAUCCUAGGGAGAGUGCCGAUGGACACUGAGACCUCCCCUUGGUGGGAGGACACCUUUUAUGAAGAAAGUACCCACAUCCUAACGGACGCCAUGGAGCUUGUCCAACGGAUGGUCCAGGAAACGGGCUACCACCUUUACCAAGCGCAGGUUGAAGUAAACCUGGCCAAACAAACAGCCAAGAUUCUGACCAGCGCUUCCACCCUCUCUGCCCAAUACGCCUACACCUGGUGGGAUUGGGUGUAUAGAGGGUGCGUCAUCGUCAGCAUCCUCAUCCUCUGCAUCACAAUCAUCCAAUGCUGUUACUUCAGGCGACUCAUCCACUCCCUGCGCACAGCUACACGCACCACCUUGGCUCUAGGUCCCCUACAGCUACCACCACUGUCGCUGCUGGGUUCCUGA